GCCAGUUCUAAUUCCAAUAACCCCCACGACCGUAAUCGUUUUAGGACGUUUAGUGACGAACACGACGACGGACCCGACACGGGAACCGGUCGUCGCGAGGAUUACGAUAUCGCGGCUAGUAGGAGCGCGGCUCGCGCGACCAACCACACGGUUUGUGCGGAUCGGUCGAUGGUUAAACCGCAUACGUGCGAACGUGACAGCCACACGGACGAUAGUACCAACACCGACGAAACGAUCCACCAUUCAUCCUCCUCCUCCUUAGCGACUAGACCGGACAGUCUCGAAGGUAGCGGUCCCGUUAGUCGAGCCGUGAACCCCAACGAGGACGCGUUUGCGGAAGGUCGUUCGGGGAACGACGUGACCACUUCGUUGCGCGGCUCGAUCGUUCGACGGUCAACCGAGCAACGAAUCGCCGAGGACGCUUCCGACGCACCGGAACAAACCACCGACGACAAUCCCACCGAGGAGCAAGGAAGAACAUCCAGGGAGUCGAGCAGCUACUCCACCAGCACCAACUCGGACACCGACGAGGAGACCGAGACGGACACCGACACCGAGACCGACGAGGAAGACGAUCAGUCCAGGGACGAGAACAGCAACGUCAAGGUCAGGAAGAGCGAGAACCCUCAAGACGAACCAGCCGAUCGAAACAAUUCCAAGCAAGACGACGACACCGAGGACGAUUCCGAAGACGACACCGAGACCGACACCGAAACGGACGAGGAGACCACCGUCUUGAGCGUCCAGUCGCAGGACAAUGGCAGCCAGGAGCGAUACAACGACACCGCCAAGCGAAGAAGUUCUUCGAUCAUCGGGGAGAAGAGCAUCGAAGAGCUGUUCGAUGACAAUGGAUGGGUGAUCACCGAUCAGGACCUGCAGACCGAGGGUCCGCGGAAGAUCUCCGGCAGCUUCGAACUAUCCGAUCGCGCCAACGGCGGGAAAGAGGACUCGGAGAAGCUUGCCGGUCGGAAGGACAACGAACGCGAGGAUACCUCCGAGAGCGUGAACCCGUUGAGCGCGUCAAAGUCGUCGGACAGUCUGACCAGGAACCGGGUCUACAGGCAGAGCAGCAUAGGGAACAACGGCUGGCUGGUGUCCGACGAGUCCGACAGCGAAACGGACAGGGCUGUGUCACCGCAGAGUCGCCAGGGGAACGAGAGUAUCGACAAUGGGAAGACGCCGAGCUCGAAC